AUGAAGCCGUCCACCUGGCUCGUUGCGCUAGCAGCUACGCUAGCAGCAGCGUCAAUUGGCGACGAUCUCAAACAAGCUGACGCUCUCUUCGCUCUGGAGGGUCCCACCGCUAACGUUCUCCACCACUAUGACCGGGUGGUGCGGGACAUGGAACGCGCCGAUGGCGUCGAUACUCCGACUAAGAGUGCUGUCUACUUCAAGCGAGGUUUGAUUGCUCACCUGCUUCAGAAGGACCCCGUGGCGAUUGCUGAUUUCCAGAAAGUGGUGCAACUAGACCCCACCCACGCCCAGGCGUCGCAGCGGCUCAACGAGCUCUACGUCGAACAAGGGCUGUGGGACAGCGUGGUGGGGUUGGACGACGCCCGUAAGGAGUGGAACCAGCUCCUCGAACUGGCAAAACAAGCAAUGGAUAAGGGUGAGUAUAAAGAGGCCCUCCAGUUCCUUACUCCCGUCACCACUACUUCUCCCAACCAUUUGGAACUGAAUCGCCUUCGGUAUACCGCUGCCAAAAACUUAUACCAACUGGAUAAAGCCGUGGUGGUGGCCGACGAACCGAUAUCACGCAUCGUUACCGACUCGUUGGCCCAUUUGCUUAAGAUCUCGCCCAAUGACAUCGACAACUACCUCGAGUUCGCCAUCCAUAUGCUCUUCAACCAAGUGGAAGUACAAGCGCUGAAAAACACUGCCCGAGCGUGCUUACGGAUUAAUAACGAGUUCGCUCAGUGUGGUCAGCUUUCGAAAUUGCACAAUAAGUUUUCUGAUUUAUUCACGGCGCUUGAAGACUAUCUGAUCCUUAUGGGCCACUACUACUCGGUGGAAAACCAGCACGAAGUGGAAGAACCCAAGUUCGACUGGCCGACGCUUCACAACGUGCUCUUUGUUGAGCCGGUACGCAAAGUCAACCGUCGUGACCAGGGUAAGUGGAGCAAUAACUACGAGUACUUGGAGUGGGUAGCCAACAACUAUGAUGCCUCGACGUCUCAAUUCAUCACCGAUCUUCGCCGCAUGGCGUGUGAAGCCAAGAUUCAAACCGGCGACACUAAGGGAGCAAAGAAGUUCUGCGACCAAGUAAACGGUCCUUUCCUUCCUCGAGACAUCCCUGAAAUUGAUUCACUCAUCAAGAACAAAAAGUUCCAGGAAGCGAAACGGAUUUUGGACCAGUACGCCCUGUCUAACGUCGGCGAACUGCAAUUGUUCAACGACCGCUACCAAAAGAUCGACGAGUGGAUGAGACAAAAGCAGCGUGAGCGCCAACGCCAACAACAACAACAGCAACAGCAGUACCAACAGCAAUACCAACAACAAUACCGUCAACAGCAGCAGCAACGGGCACCGCCGCGGGCGAGAUCGCCACCGAAGCACGACUACUACAAGAUCCUUGAUAUCGGUAAGGAUGCCGACGAACGAACCAUCAGAAAGGCGUACCGCACCCAGACGCUUAAGUACCACCCGGAUAAGGCCAAGAGUCUGGGACUCACGCCGGAAGAAGCCGAGGCAAAGAUGCAAGAAGUUAACAAAGCCUACGAAGUGCUUUCCGACAAAGAGCUUCGCGAGCGGUACGAUAUGGGCGAAGAUCCCAACGACCCUGAGUCUCAGGGUGGUGGCGGCGGUUACCCCGGUGGGUUCCAAGGUGGUUUUCAAGGCGGUAAUCCGUUUGGUGGCGGUGGCGCCAAUAUCAACUUCGACAACAUCUUCAAGCAGUUCUUCCAACAGCAGCAACAGCAACAACAUCGUGGUGGCAGGCCUAAACCACGGAAGAAGAAGUCCAAGGGUAAGGCUUAA